AUGUCGAUGCGGGAAGGAGAACAAACGCGGCGAACGACUUAUGUCGGGAACAGCCAGCAAAUGCUUCGGGACAUUAAGAAGAGUUUACAACAUUUAAAAAGGCAACCUGAACAACCUCAGAGGCUUUCACAACAAGCAGCGGCAACCCCGAGCUCGAACGCGGCGACAACGGUUGUACACGAGCAAACUACUCAAGCAAACGCUACAAGGAUUGUACACAACCCAAAUCGGCGAGGAAUGAGUCAUGCGAAAGCCUUAGCCGAAAUAAGGAGCAGUUUAAAACCCUUCGAGGCUACAGAAUCUGGUUAUUCUUCAUGUUCUGAGAAUGGAGAGGCCUUUAAUAAACAGUAUUUGAUGGGUCAACUCAAAGCGAUGGGUUUGGACGAGGUACUGUAUUUAUAUCAAAACUUACAAUUUUUUGUGGUUGAAAGACUUCCAUGAUCUUGGUUCGUUCGUUGCUUCUUGUCGACGUUUCUUUUCUGUAGGUGUUGCAAACGCACAAUAGUUGUAGAACAGGGUACCUCGUGUUUAUUUACUUCGGCCUUAAAACCCGGGUUUAUAACGAUAAAUUCACUCUAUAUCACGUAUAUUUACUUCUUGAUAAAUUACACUUGAGGGUUUACUAUUGUUGUUUCUGGUACCGUUGUCCUUAUAUCCCGCGAAUGGAAAGUAACAUAUGUACUCUUUGGCAUCGAUUUUAUUGUGAUAAGUUAGUAAAUGAGCUUUUAGAUCUCAGGGGAAGGCCAUAUUUUCCGCUCGGCCGCCAGUGUUUUUUUAUCGCCGGUUCUUUUUCGUGUUAAGUUACAUAUCCGCACUGCUUUAUUAUCUCAAGCAUUUGGAUUUGGCAAAUGUUGUGUCCUUUUUGCAAAGUUUGUCCGGAAGCGCGGGUCAAAGGGUUGGUUCCAACAGAUUCUUUCAGCUUCGGGCUUUGAGUUCUUAGCAUGUAGUGUUAAAUAGCAGUCGUUGCACUCAUGCCUUCUAUUCACGAGAGAACCGAUACAAGUGGACGACCAUGCGAAACGAUGUAAAAUAAUAUUGUAAUAUCUCUCUAUCGAAUGUCUAUUUAAAGAAACAUCUGGAAACAGGCAUCCUGGAACUAUCAUUUGCCUGAAAACUGAUAAAUGUUUCAGCUUAAAAAUAGCAGCCAAAAAAUGCGAUAAUCGAAUAUCGGAUUACGCGACAUUUUUGAAAUCCCGAAAAAUGUUGGAUGUUGACCUACUGAUUGAAGUAGUGCUGGAAUUGUGAACACAUGUUUUCAAUUUCUACUAAACCGGGAUUUUUUUUUUGGGGGGGGGGAGAGAUGAAAUUUCUAGACAAGAUAUCAAUAGUUACACUUUGACUUAUCAUUCCAGGAUAUGGCCACUGAAGCCAUAAAGAUGACUGCUAAUAGGACAGUGGAGGAUGCAUUGCAACUGAUUGAAACUUUGGCAUCAACCAGGGGCUAUAACAGAGUCAAUUUUGGUUCAAAUACACCCAACAGUCGGUCUCAACUUCCUCCCCCUUACAAUGCAGCAGUCAACCGUCCUUGGAAAGGUUCAGAAGAAGAAACGGUCAGAGCAGAAUCACCCAUGAUUGCUGUAGAAAGGGUACACAGUACAGUUUCCAUGCCAUGUGCACAGGCAAGUACAGGGAUGUCAACACCAGAGGCUACAAGGGCGGAAUGGUGUGUUCAAAGGUCAAAUAAUCCUGGUCAACUUGUCCAAAACUGGCGUGGUGCACGGGUAGCAGCUCCUCAGCAAAGAUUUGUUGAGCGAGCAGGCCCAAAAAUGCAGCUUGGUUGGAAACCUACCUCAGUUGUUGGAGCACGACCAAUGCAAGGAAUGAAUCAGGGUCAACCACAAUUUGUCAGUGGUGUUGGGGCUAAUGUACCUUCUCCACAAUUUCAUGUAACUGCUAACCUUACGUUAACUGGAAACAACUCCGCUCCCGAUGAGUAUCAAGGCCGGAUGGCUUCAACGGUUCCAAAUGUUACAGGAAAUGGUGCAAAUAAUAUGUCAUUCAACAUUUAUGUUCAAACCAAUUUUGCACAAAAUUCCUCUGAGAAUGUUCAGUCAUCCACUCAAGGACAAUUUUACCAAACAACGCCCCAACAUAUUGCUCCAACAGUUGUUCAGGGUGCGCACAGUGAUGCAUUGAACUCCAACUCACCCAUACCAAGCACACAGCAGACUCCAGUGCCACACUUUGUUCAGUCAUUUGACCCAACUCUUCAUCCCCCACCUGCAUAUGCCCCAGUUGCAAGGAGGCAGAUGCCUUCUGAUGUAAGCAUGGGUGAGUCAAGCAACUGGCAGAACCAUGUACCACGUGUGUCAUCACGAUCGCCAGUACCACCUCCCUGUGAUCAGUGGAGACACUCUUGGAAUACGGAAACAUCAUCCAACUCUGGUUCGAUAAGUGAUGAAAUGCCAUGGUCUAGUUCUUAUAAUGACAGCGGACCUCCUUCUCCUCUAUCAGACUCAUCAUUCACUGUGGAGGGUCCAACAAAGGUUACCAAUGUAACUGGGACAGUUGUUUAUCGUCUUGAUUCACCCAAACGGCCUCCAAUUCCAAACAUGGAGACCUCAGUUCCUUGCAAUGAGGAUGAUGAUCAAAUGUCAGAGUCCGAUAUGGAGACUCUGACUCCCGGCCAGAGGUAUAGACAAUACAAAGAGAAAUCAAAACUAAAGACAGUUUCUCCCACUGCAACUAAAUUUUACUUGGAACAACACUUUGAAAACUUAAUGAAGAACACGAAGGAAAGGGAGAAGAGGCGUGUUCAGCUCGAAGAGGAGAUGGAUAAAGUUGGACUCUCUCAUGAUGCAAGAGAUCAAAUGCGAAAAAUCCUAAUGAAGAAAGAAACAAACUACACUCGUCUGAAGCGAUCAAAGAUGGAUAUCACUAUGUAUGAUAAGAUAAGUAAAAUUGGUACUGGUGCAUUUGGAGAAGUGUGGCUUGUAAGGAAAAUAGACACAAAUGUGUUGUAUGCCAUGAAAAUCCUGCGGAAGACUGAGGUUUAUAAGCGCAAUCAGAUGGCACAUGUCAAAGCAGAAAGAGACAUUCUUGCUGAGGCGGACAAUGAAUGGGUCGUAAAACUGUAUUAUUCAUUCCAAGAUGAGAAAUUCUUGUAUUUGGUGAUGGACUACAUACCAGGAGGAGAUUUAAUGAGCCUUUUGAUCAAAUUUGAAAUAUUUCCAGAGGAUCUAGCACGAUUCUACAUUGCAGAACUUGUACUGGCUAUUGAGUCAGUUCACAACAUGGGAUUUGUACACAGGGAUAUAAAACCUGACAAUGUGUUGAUUGAUCAUGAUGGUCAUAUUAAACUGACUGACUUUGGGCUUUGCACUGGCUUUCGUUGGACUCAUGACAGCAAGUAUUAUGAGGAAAAGGAUGGCCACAAAAGACAAGAAAGCAUGGAGUAUGGCAUGCAGUACUGGGACCAAAUGGAAUAUUCUGCUGAUUUAAAUGAACAGCUUCUUCAGAAGUCACUUCAACAGAUGAAGCCAUUGGAGAGGCGGCAUUUUCGCAAGCACAAACGUAGUCUUGCGCAUUCUUUAGUGGGUACACCCAAUUACAUCGCACCAGAGGUAUUGCAGAGAAGUGGUUACACACAUCUUUGUGAUUGGUGGUCAGUGGGAGUAAUAAUGUAUGAGAUGCUUGUUGGACAACCUCCAUUCCUGGCUUCCACACCAGCAGAUACUCAACUGAAGGUAGGUGGCAAAAUCCUUAUUUGAGAAAGAUGUAAAAACCUUUUAGUGGUACAGUAGAAGCUUAUAAAUCUAACCAAAAUAGACAUGUGAUAACUUAGUCAUAUUAUCCAGUGUUCUCCUUUUCAGGCAGUAACUGGUAACAUUUACUGCCUGUAGUACCUCUUAAUGCUGUUUAAAUUUCUUGGAAUUCUUGAAAAUUUAACAAGUAAAAGGAUUGCUUUACUGGUUUGAAAAUUUAUUUUACCUGUCAUGCCCAAAAUAAGGGAGAACACUGUUAUCUGUCUCACUGAUUGAAUAAGGCUUUUCUCUUUACUCAGUUGUAAAUUAACAGGUACUGUUAGUAAUAUCUGUAUGAUGUCUAAAGCAACAAUGAGAUAGCUUGGUUGAGUAUCAGAUGCAUUUGUCACACUUCAUUGCGAAUUCCUCAAAACGUCUGGAAAACUGAGAGGCAAUUUCAAUGUCCAUUAAAAUGUUUGUUCUUGACAUUUUUCAUGUGGCAUUAUUCUUAGUAUCUCUUGAUAGCCUUUGAUUAAAUGUCAACCAUUUGUGAUGUGUCUGCUUUGUCUUUCCUUGUCACAAAAUUCUUUAUUUUUGUGAUUCAUUUUCUUCUGCUCCCACAAAAAGUUGCCAGAAGUAUGUUUAAAAGUGAAUUGCUAUAAUCAGGAGUUUAAACUUUUCUGUAAAUGGCUGUGCUUUGAGGCUGGACCAAAGCAAAGUUAUGUUUACCGCAAAUAACUGUAUCUUCCCUUAGUAUUGCAAUUAAUUUCCCCGUGUAAUGUGAAUAUCAUUUCCUUUUUUCAGGUCAUCAACUGGGAAACAACAUUGCACAUCCCCAAGCAAGCUGAACUCAGCCCUCAGGCUAAAGACUUGAUCCUGGGACUGUGUACAAGCCCAGAGAGGAGGCUUGGAAAGAAUGGAAUUGAGGAAAUCAAGAAUCAUCCAUUCUUUGCACAUGUUGACUGGAGUUAUGGUGUGCGUCGCAUGCAGGCUCCAUACCGCCCACGGAUUGCCUCUCCAACUGACACAUCAAACUUUGAUCCAGUUGAGGAAUCAGAGAGAAUGAGCAGUGAUGAAGGAGGAGCAGCCUCAGUUGCAAAUGAAACAGUGGCACCCCGUCAGGGCAAACAUCCUGAACACGCAUUUUAUGAAUUCACAUUCAGAAGGUUUUUUGAUGAUGGUGGUAAUACCUAUACUGCUGCAAGGAGAUACUCGUCAGAUGACAGUGGCACAGACACUUCUAAAGAACCAGUAUAUGUGUAACUAAAUGAUUAUUUCUUAUUUGGGUUUUUUGUUUCUUUGUAAACUUAAUUUGAGCUGUACAAUAAUUCAGUUCACAGGUACUUGUUGUGAGUGGUGUUUUUGUGGUUUCAUAGGGAGCAUGGUUAUUUUCUUGUGAAUCUAUCUUGGUCUGAUCACAAUGUUUUUUGAUAAGCAGGUGAAACAAUACUUUCUUCAAAAAGACAUGUUAUUUUGUUUUGUCUUUUUUUUAAGUCUUGGCUAGCAAUAAGAAUCCAUACUAUCUAUUAUACAAUUUUGAUACUACGAAAAAAUUUUCCUUUUUAUGACUUAUCUAGGAAGAUUUAACCAACUGUGUGCACUAUCAUUAGAGUUCUUCAAUGAAACUAGUGACUCACAGUACUGAAGUUUAUCCAAAUUCUGUUAACCCUUUAACUCCCAAGAUCUGAUUGUUAAUUCUCUCCUCUAAUUGCUACACAUUCUCCUGUAAAUUAAUUGCCUACAAGAAUUUAGUGUUAGAUCAAGAUAACUUUUACCUGAUAAGUUAGGGUAUUCUCAUCACCUGUUUGCUGGAUAAUGUAUGGAUAUUGUGGAGAGAAUUUACAGUUUAGUCACCUCUAAGAGUUAAAGGGUUUAGGACAGAAGUUAUCAACAGUACUAAGCAUUCUGAAACAUGCAGAAACUACAGUUUAUGAGGUUUUUACUAUGUCAAGCUCUUUUAUUCAUUCAGGCUGCUUUGCUAGAAUUUAUUUGAUAAGUCAGAUUAGUUUAAAGAAAGUUUUAUAAUGCAUUGCAGACCUAUCUUAAUCAAGAAAGAAAAACGACAAUAUACAAGAAUAUAACGUUCCCUUGCUGUUUUAGCAGGUCAUCAUGUAAGAAAAAUGUUCAGAAAGGAAGAUGUUCAUGGUCUCUGGCAUAAGUAUUUGACUUGUGUUACAAAUAAAUGUUAUUUCUCAAGGAGGAAUUCAAAGCUAUCAGAGUUUUAUUGCAGUACUUGUUAAAGAGUCUGUUUAGGUUUUAAUUUAUACCUCUUGAGUUUCUUUAAAAAUUUCCCAUAUACCUUGCAGCAAGAAAGAAAAGAAAGGGCAAAUAAAAUUUAUGAGAAAAGGA